AGCUUCUCAGUUUGGGGCGUGGCUUUUGCCACCCAACGGUCUCAUUGGUGGAGGCGGCGUCCUCGGCUGUCGGUUUUACGCUGCUCUCGGCGAAGAAUUCUCUCUUUUGACGGAGGAACGUUUCUACGAGGGCACUAUGCUUCCGUCUCUGCACUACCUCUGUCAGCGUAUGCUCCGUAUACCCAUAGCCAGUGUGGGUGUGGUACGUAGAUAUUUAUCCUGGGAAAACGAGCAGCGGUGCAGAGGGCUGCUAGAGAAAUCCACGGUCCGGUACAGAAAAGAAACUAUGGGGGCAGCUGUGCUGGUAUCUCUGUGCUCCGUGGCUGGGGAACCAGCGAUCCUGUACACACUGCGUUCCAACACUCUGAGCGGUUUAUACAAAGGGCAAGUCAGUUUCCCAGGUGGUAAACGUGAUGACUCUGACCAAGAUGCCAUCACCACAGCACUGCGGGAGACUCAUGAAGAGCUGGGCAUACAGUUAAAGGAGGACUGUGUCUGGGGAAUCAUGAGACCUAUUCCUGAUAAGACUAAUAUGAUUGUGGCUCCUGUACUAGCAAACCUGGGGCCUUUGGAGGACCUGACACUGAAACCUAACCGCCAAGAGGUUGAGGCUGUCUUCACACUGUCUUUCUCCCACUUGCUACAAGAAAAGAACCAGGGCUACACCCAUUACUGCCGUGAUGGUAUCUACCGCUACACAUUGCCUGUCUUCUUGCAUGGCCCUCACCGUGUAUGGGGUCUUACAGCAAUCAUAACAGAGCUGACUCUGGAGUUGCUAGCACCAGGAAAGUACUGCAGGCGGACUUAUGUCAUGGGUCAGCACUGACUUUUGGCUCAAAUUCACACUUGGAUCUCUAAGAUCUCUUUCUGUUUUCCAUAUUUGUCAAAGGACUUUAUAGAAUUGAUGAUCUCAUCAGCCAAGUGCUGCUCCUUUUCCUUGUCAUAAGACUCUUCAAAACUCAGGUCAGCUCAGUUCUGAAUAACAAGAAGAAAGCCGUUUAUCUCUCCAGCUCACUACCUCAGAAGACAACUAUUACAUUAUUGGCACAAAGCAAUGACGAAAUAUCUAUCUAGUUUACUGUUGUUACCUGAAUAAAACAAGGACACUUGAAACCUUACGCAGGUUUCUGUUUUGGCAGGUAUAUGUGUUGUACAAAUAAAACAUAGGUUUUAACCUCAAAGAGAUCCUAGAACUGCAUUCUAGGCUUGCUUAUUUGGUAAUGGCAAUAACUGCGUAAAUGAAUGAUAAGAGGAGCAUUUGUCAAAGAAAGCACUGACCUUUAAGGUACCCAAAUAAUAAGUGCCAGCCAUCCAGGUUAGGAUACAAAUUUGUGAAUGAAUAUUGAUCCCUAUUUUUUCACAUCUCCACUAUUUCCUUAUCAUGUGGAAUUUCUUUUUAGGGCUUUGUGCUGAUUUAACAAAAUCUGCAUUUCAAGAACAGAUGUAUAUAAAUCAAAGUUGUAUGCAAGAAAUAGUAUUUAUUUAUGUUGUUAAAUCAGAAUAAAUCUGAGAUUGUUUGGAAUAUAGGGAGUCUAAUCAGUUCUUAGUUUUUUGAGACACAGAACAUUUUUAUUCUGCCCUUCCUACUCUCUAAAACAAGAGCAUGAAUAAUAUAUUGCUACCCUAAGGAAACAUAAUUCUCAUUAGGGUUAUAGCACAUAUUGUAGAACAAGGCAUUUUAUAAGAUACUUGCAAAUUGGUAAAACCUGAGUUGUGUAGCAAUCUGAAUUAUUCUGGGUGUGUGUGUGUGUUCAUACAGAGGGGACAAUAUAUUGAUUUCACCUUAGCUUUUUCCCAAUAUGUAGCAGACAAUGAUAUAAUUAAAAUUAAACUGGUUCAAAUAUUUAUUUGAUGUAACAACAAUUCAGAGUUGAUGACAGGAAUUAUGGAGAUGAUGCAUAUUUCUGAACAGAGGUUGACACCAAAAAUGUUAGUAUCCUUCAAAAGAAUGUUGGUGGAUUCAGAGAGAGCCUGAAAAUAAAACUGUAGAAGUGUA